AUGGAGGCGGAGGGCGGCCCGCUGGGCCCAGGGGAGCGCUGGGCGCCCGUGGGUGCCGUGUCGGCGACGACGGAGGAGGACGACGACGACGACGGUGAUGAGGAGGCGGCGGCGGCAGCGGCGGGCGGGUCGCCGCAGUCGGUGCCGCGGCUGCGGGCCGAGCGGCGCCGCCUGCACGGGGCGCUGCUGGCGCUGGCCUCGCACUUCGCCCAGGUGCAGUUCCGGCUGCGGCAGGUGGCGCGGGCCGGGCCGGCCGAGCAGCAGCGCCUGCUCCGCGACCUGGAGGACUUCGCCUUCCGCGGCUGCCCCGCGCCGCUGGCCCACGGCCUCGGCGGCGCCCCGAGUGAGCGAGAGAAGCAGGAGCAAAUUGAGGUCCAGAAGGCAAAGCAGAGAGAGCUGAUCCUGCAGCUCAAGACACAGCUGGAUGACCUGGAGACGUUUGCUUACCAGGAGGGCAGCUAUGACUCUCUGCCACAGUCUGUGGUUAUGGAAAGACAACGGAUGAUUAUAAAUGAGUUGAUAAAGAAGCUGGACAUGGACUUGAGUGAAGAUAUUGCAACGCUUUCUCCAGAGGAAUUGCGACAGCGUGUGGAUGCUGCCAUAGCACAAAUUGUUAAUCCAGCCAGGGUGAAGGAGCAGCUGGUGGAACAACUGAAGACACAGAUAAGGGACCUCGAAAUGUUCAUCAACUUCAUCCAGGAUGAAGUUGGAAGCUCUGGUAAGGCAGAAGAUGGACACUGUGAAUGUGCAGGCAGAAAAGAUGGCGGUGGCUCCCACAAACCAAAUACACGGCCUUCUGGAAAUAGAGUGAACCCAGAAGAUGCCAGAAAGAUGCGAGAAACGGGCCUGCACCUCAUGCGUCGCAUGCUUGCUGUGCUACAAAUAUUUGCUCUCAGUCAGUUUGGUUGUGCUACUGGUCAGAUUCCUCGCACCCUCUGGCAGAAGGACCAAGCCAACAAGGACUAUUCCCCCUUAAUUAAGAAACUGGAGUUGUCAGUAGAGCGGGUGAGGCAGCUAGCUAUGAAACACCAGCAGGAAGACCACGUUAUCAGUUCCUCUGAUCUGCAGGACAUUCCCUUAGGAGGCAGAGAUGACCUGACUCUAGCUGUGCGGAAGGAGUUGACUAUUGCUUUGCGAGACCUGAUGGCUCACGGGCUCUAUGCCUCUUCUCAAGGAAUGAGCCUGGUAUUGGCACCCAUUGCGUGCUUGAUUCCUGCGUUCACCUCAUCCCCGCAGACCAUGCACCCCUGGGAACUCUUUGUGAAGUAUUACAACACUAAGAAUGGACAAGCCUUCAUGGAAUCCCCGGCUCGCAAGCUCUCCCAGUCCUUUGCCUUGCCCGUGACAGGAGGAGUGGCCAUUACCCCCAAACAGAGCCUGCUGACAGCAAUUCACACUGUCCUCACGGAGCAUGACCCCUUCAAGCGCAGUGCGGACUCUGAACUGAAAGCUCUGGUGUGUAUGGCACUAAAUGAGCAGCGUCUAGUCUCCUGGGUAAAUCUGAUCUGCAAAUCUGGAGCUCUGGUACAAUCCCACUACCAGCCAUGGAGCUACAUGGCAAACACAGGCUUUGAGAGUGCACUCAAUGUUCUCAGUCGCCUGAGCAACUUGAAAUUCAACCUCCCGGUUGACCUGGCUGUCCGGCAGCUGAAAAACAUCAAAGAUGCUUUUUGAUGUAAUUUUUAUUGUAGAUCAUCCAUUUUCCACAAGUAGGCAGCUGUUGGGCUCAAGAAGCCUGGCUGUUUUAAGGCCAAGUUUAGCUCUUUGAUAUUUGCUUUUAGGGAAAUCUUACAGUGUCUUGAUGCUGGAGAUCUGUGUUUUACAAGGCUGCCACUGUAAAGCUGCUGGAGGUUGUGUGCUGUACAGCACCUCACCCUGCCCCUGUUAACGCUGCUCUGAAGAGCUAACCUGCUUCGCUGGUGGGCAGAUGCCAGUGAGCGUUCAGUGUGUGGGGCUGGCUGCCCUGAGUGUGGUGGAGGCCUGGCCACAGAGCCUACGUGUGGGGGAAGGCCCCUUAGAACGUGCAGCUUAGCUCUUGUGCUGCAUCCGUGUGGUUAUUUCUCAAAGGUUGUGGUCUAAGUGACGCCCCUACGAGACACCUGUCACAGCAGUGUGAGGCAGGCUGGCAGGCGUUUGGUUGCCCCAGGGUUGCCUGCUGGCGAGUGAUUUGCCCUCCCCAGUAUGAAUGUAUGAAACUGGGGCAGAUCUGCCAAGCGGCGGGCGCAGGGGGCUGCGCUGCACCAGCGCCGGCAGCUCGGCAAUCCACAGAAGCAGCCUCAUUCUUCAGGCCAGGUGAGGGGCUGGCGCCGUGACUUUGUCCAGCAAUCCCAGAGUUCCUUUUCAGAAGCUUUUGUGCAAUGGUGAGUGCGCCAGCAGCCUGGUGUUGUAUAGGGGAUGCAUUAAAUUGCUUUAGCACGUG